AUGUUGUGGAAAUUAGCCGACAACGUGAAGUACGAGGAUGACUGCGAGGAAAGGCACGACGGUAACAGCAAUGGGAACCCCCGGCUGCCUCACCUGCCAGCGGUCAGUCAGCACCUCUACAGCCCGUCUCCCUCCCUCUCACACUCGGCCAGCUCGGACUUCCAGCCCCCGUACUUCCCUCCUCCCUACCAGCCCAUCUCCUACCCGCAGUCCAGCGACCCCUACUCCCACCUCGGGGACCCUUUCAACAUCAACUCCUUACACCAGUCGCCGUCGUCGAACCAGCAGCAGUGGCCCGGUCGGCAGGGCCAGGAUGGGCUCGGUGCUCACGGAAGGAGCGGACUGGCGAGUCAAAUCCUGGGCCUGGAGGGCUCGUCCGGGGUGAGGAGGGAAGGCUUCCGCCGGCCAGAGCUGCUUCCCCCGCACGUACACAGCAUAGAGUCGUCGGUUAUUGGUGACAGCAUGGGGAUGCACGACAUGGGGCACGGACUGGAGGAUGUUCAACAUGUAGAUGACCACAGUGUUAUUAUGGCAGACCAGACAGUCAUCAAAAAAGUAUUAGGACUACGAGGUGGCAGGAACCUUGAUCGCUUACAGAGGACUUAUUAUCAGGGGGGAAUUCUUGCGGGGCCUGUCACUCUACCCAAAGGCAACGUGCUGGGUCUUCCUUUCCAAAAAGAGUCCCUGCUGGGCAUGGUUUCAAACCCCACAGAGGUCUUCUGCUCCGUACCGGGCCGCCUUUCCUUGCUUAGCUCCACUUCCAAGUACAAGGUCACCGUUGCCGAGGUCCAGAGACGUCUGUCGCCCCCUGAGUGCCUCAACGCAUCGCUCCUGGGAGGUGUUUUACGCAGAGCCAAGUCAAAAAAUGGAGGUCGCUCCCUGAGAGAAAAGCUGGAUAAGAUCGGGCUCAACCUGCCUGCAGGAAGAAGGAAGGCAGCCAAUGUCACACUACUUACCUCACUAGUCGAAGGUGAAGCUGUUCAUUUAGCAAGAGACUUUGGUUACGUGUGUGAGACAGAGUUCCCUGCAAAGGCAAUUGCUGAAUACCUGGGCAGGCCGCACGUGGAACGCAACGAGGUUAACUCUCGCAAGAACAUGCUCCUUGCUGCCAAGCAAAUCUGCAAGGAAUUCACUGACCUGCUAACUCAGGACCGUUCACCUCUGGGAAACUCUCGGCCGGCCCCAAUCAUGGAGCCUGGAAUCCAAGGCUGCCUGACCCACUUCAGCCUCAUCACUCAUGGCUUUGGCUCUCCUGCCAUCUGCGCCGCCAUGACCUCGCUUCAGAACUACCUGAACGAGGCGCUCAAACAAGUGGACAAGAUGUACCUGAGCUCUGGUAGCGACACCCAGGGAUCCUCAGACAGUGGAAGCAAAUCUGCAGACAAAAUGGACAAGCACAGGAAAUGAGAGCUCGGAGGAGAAUCCUUAUGAACUUAAGAACCCCAGAUUCCCUUAAUCUUGCCGCCCUGU